GGGAGCUAGUUCGUGAAGUUGUUGAGGGCAGGCGGGGAGAGGAGCACCGCGGCGGGCGGCACACCGGCCGGGAGAGGACGGGAAGAGAGACCGAGGGACACACGGAGGAGACACGGAGCGCCGGCAAACCAACUCACCUGACAAGUCCGCUGGGAGUUCCACUCGGCCCGGGAAAGUUAUCUCCGGUCGGGACCGCCGGGGUGCGUUUGUUUUCCGAGGUGAAGGUAGGCGGAGUCCUGCUCGUGACGCCAUGGUGAAGAUCGUCUUCCUGUUGCGGUGAACUGCCCGGCGGACGGUCAGAGGCAUCAUGGCGGACCUGCCCAUCGCCCCGGGUGAGGUCUACAUCGAAGUGGAGUAUGACUAUGAGUACAAGAACAAGGACCGGCUCAUCACCAUCCGGCAGGGAGAAUGUUACAUGCUGGUCAAGAAGACCAACGAGGACUGGUGGCAGGUGAGGAAGGAGGCGGGGACCAAAGCUUUUUACGUGCCCGCUCAGUACGUCCGGGAAGUCCGCAAAGCCCUCAUGCCACCUCCGAAACCUGUUGGACACGCGUCGGGACACGCUACAGGGAACAACACGUCGCCACAGAGCGGCGCUGCGCUCUGGAUGAAACCCGCCAGUCUGGAUCUGGGGACCCACGACCCUCCCUCUGAGAACCAUCACAGACACGAGUCCAGCUACCGGCGCUCCCCCUCAGCUCACACCGCCUCCUCGGGUCACUUCAGCCCCCCCAGUCAGCGCAGGGACACGAACCACCACCCCCACGCCCCCGCCAGUCCCACCGAGCACGACCGGGCUCUGGCUGAAAUCCUGCUCCACGGCGGAGGACCGCCGCCCGCUCACAAAGGGGGGUCCAGCACGCUGCCUCGCACCCGAGCCCGCUCCCCGGACAGGGCCCGGGCUCCGCUGGACGUGGACAACACUCACUGCGACUCGGCGGGGGAGGAGAGGCGCACCAACGACUCGGAAUCUGGAGACGAACUGAGCAGCUCCUCCACUGAACAUCUCCAGACGGUGUCCUCGUCGGGCCAAGGCCGCUCCGACUCGCCCGUCUACACAAACCUCCAGGAGCUGAAGAUCACCAACACAAACCAGCCGCCUCCGCCCUCCGGCUCGCCGCUGCACGUUCACGGAGACUGGGAGGCCUACAAGGACCAGAACGGCCGGCUCUACUACUACAACCGCUGCACGCAGGAGAGGACCUGGAAGCCCCCGCGGACCCGGGACGCCAGCAUCGGACACUCCCGAGGAGAGAGCCACAGCACCUCAGAGAGCACCGAGAGCACGCCUCUCUCGCUGUCACCCUCCUUCCUCCCCUUCCUCUCGCUCUCCAUCGGCCGGCUGCAGCCUCUGUCGUCGGAGGACACGUGCUUCAGUACCUACUCGAGCCAGUCAGACAGCCAGUAUGGCUCGCCGCCGCGCGGCUGGUCCGAGGAGAUGGACGAGCACGGCCACACGCUGUACGUCAGCGACUAUACUAACGAGAAGUGGUUAAAGCACGUUGACGAGCAGGGAAGGCCUUAUUACUACAGUGCAGACGGCUCCAGGUCAGAGUGGGAGCUGCCCAAGUACCUCUCCCCUCCCCAGCUGUCUGGAGACGCUCCGAAGAGCCGCAGUCUGGACAGGAAGCACACCGACCCCAUCGUGCUCACCAAGUGGAGGCACAGCACCUAUGUCCAGGAUCCCAGCGACAAGGACGCUCACCUGGCCCCCAAGCCCCCCUCUCCUGACUCUGACUCCUGCCCUUCAUCUCCCAAGCCCCCCGCCUCUCCGUCUGAGAAGUGUGGCGUCCUCAACGUGACAAAGAUUACAGAGAACGGCAAGAAAGUCAGGAAGAAUUGGACUUCUUCUUGGACAGUGCUUCAAGGUUCAAGACUGCUGUUUGCUAAAGGUCAAGGAGGCGGGACCAGCUGGUUUGGAGGGAGUCAGUCCAAGCCAGAGUUCACUGUAGACCUGAGGGGCGGCUCGGUGGAAUGGGCCUCGAAAGACAAAUCCAGCAAGAAGCACGUCAUCGAGCUGAAGACUCGACAGGGCACCGAGCUGCUGAUCCAGUCCGAGAACGACAACGUCAUCUCGGAGUGGUACCGAGCGCUGCAGGACACCAUCAGCACGCACGCUUGGGAGUCAGAUGAAGCCAUUGAAGAGGACAUGCCGGAGUCGCCCGGCGUGGAGAAACACGACAAAGAGAAGGAACACAGAGACUCCAAGAAAGGCAGAGCCAUGAAGACCUCCACCAGCAUGGACGCCUCCGACAACAAGAAGACCCGGCACAAGCUGAAGAAGUUCCUGACCCGCCGGCCCACGCUGCAAGCCGUCAGGGACAAGGGAUACAUCAAAGAUCAGGUUUUCGGCUGCAGCCUGGACGAUCUGUGCCACAGGGAGAACAGCACGGUGCCCGGCUUCGUCAGAAUGUGCAUCGAUCACGUGGAGAACAGCGGACUCAGCGUGGACGGACUCUACCGAGUGAGCGGCAACCUGGCCAUCAUACAGAAGCUGCGGUUCGCCGUCAAUCACGAUGAGAAGGUGAACCUGGCGGAGGACAAGUGGGAGGACAUCCACGUGACCACCGGAGCGUUGAAGAUGUACUUCCGAGAGCUGCCCGAGCCGCUCUUCACCUACGCUCUCUUCCACGACUUUGUCAACGCCAUCAAGAUUCCCGACAACAAGCAGCGAGUGGAAGCCAUCAGAGAUCUGGUGCGACAGCUGCCGAAGCCCAACCACGACACCAUGCAGGCUCUCUUCAAACACCUCAGGAAAGUGAUCGACUGCGGGGAGGAGAACCGCAUGAACACCCAGAGCGUCGCCAUCGUGUUCGGCCCCACGCUGCUGCGGCCCGAAACCGAGGUGUGGAACAUCGCGGUGCACAUGGUCUAUCAGAACCAGAUCGUGGAGCUCAUACUGAGCGAGUACGAGAAGAUCUUCGGCAGGUAGACGGCGGCGGACCGGCCUCCUCCUGGAGUUUUUUUUUUUUUUUCCUUUUUCUUUUUUCAUUUUUUUGCGUUGGUUUUUCCACGACCGCCCGGGCGCAGCGUCUCAUCUCAACCCAUCGGUCUUCUGGCUCCUCCGACCUCUGCGGGCCGAACGAGGCCGCGCGCUCACAUCGUAUCAACCCAACCGUAGACGACCAACUAGCGACCAAAACGUUGACUCUUUGCACUUUUUCAGCAUCUGGUUUUUUGUUUUUUGUUUUUUUUUUUUUUCAUUUUGUGCCACUUCACUGCAAAACGUGACGUCUUCCUGUCCCGACACUGGAUCCCUGGAAGUGGUGGUGAGCGCAGACCAAAGGAGGGGCAGAGGAGCUGUCAGGGCAGCGUCAGUAUUGAGGGUGAAGCCAGUCCGUCACUUCUUCAUGAACCACACCGACUCCACCCCGCUGUCAGCUCGGCUCCGGAUGUUCAUACGGACACACUAAGAGGUGGAGCAAGUUGAAGCCAGAAAAAGGGAACGAGAGAUGAGUCUCAUUCUUUUCUAUUACUUCCCACUGUUGUUUUCUUCUUCUCUCUGGACCGUCUUCUCGCCGCCAUCCUCCAGGACCGAGGUCCUCUGAACACACAGCGGUUCCGCACCACUCUGUAUUAUAUCUGCACGCCUCCCCCGCCCGCCCCCCCGCCUCGCCUGGACCUUUAGAACAAAUCAUCUCACAGCAGCAACUUGAACUUGAACAGAUAAAACUAAACAAAGCAAAGCAAAGCAAAACUACGGUACUCAGCUGUUUCAACAUGUUGGGGGCGAAGCCGCCUCCAAAGACUCCAAAUGUCUGGAUGUACAGUGUUUCUGUGCACGUGAACGAGGGCUGGAUGGAUGAAUGGAUUUAAUGAUUGUAUUGUAUAAAUAGUAAAUAUAAAGUACUUAUAUGCCUGGAGUGUUAAAACUAUGACGGGAGGGAGGAGUCACUAUUUUGUGAUAACUGUGUGACCAACAGAUGGGAGGAAGUAGUUCUAAAAUAGGGAUGUGGAGGGGAUUCUGUUGGCUGUAUCAAACUGGAAUAAAGACCUCGAAUAA